GGGGAAAAAAUGCGUAUUUAUUCAUUUUUUCAUUGUUCUUCUUUUCAAAUAAGAAAACAUCAAAUAUGAUUUGUGAGAAUGAUUAGAUUGUUUAUUAAGUUCAAUAAUGGAGAAAAAAAUAAAGCAACAUAAACUUGGUCCACGUGGUGAAUGAUGAGGAAUCCAUUCACUCUCGUUUGGGGAGGUGGGAUGUCCUUUCAGCCACCAGUCUCCGUCCGUUUCCCUUCAUCUCCCGUUCUCUUCCUUUUUUUAUUGCCUCUUAGCGAGUCUUCAAAGAGCCUCCAGCCUAUAAUUAGGGGGCGGAUCCAAAGCGCCUCAAAACGCUUCCCCGCGUUAGAGCCCGACUUCAUCCGAACCGUCCCGGGACUCAGAGCUGCGCCUCUCCCGCUCCCCUCCGCUUCCUAAGGAUUUAGUUUCUCAGGGAUGGCCGCAUCUGUUUUGGAGGUAGGGAAUGUAAUUGAAGACACACGCUAUGGCUCCAGUCCUCUGGCUAUGUUAACUGCUACCUGCAACAAAUUCGGUAGCACCAGCCCCAUCAGGGAUUCAGCCACACCUGGAAAAACCAGCAGCUCACCAUUAAAGAAGCAAUAUACCAUGACCUCUGACCUGCAGACAGCAAAGAAUGGGCGGACGGCGGACGUCAGUGGCCUGGCGGACUCCUACACUGGCUCUUUCACCACAGCUGGUGGAGGAGGUGGGCUGCUUACUCCCACUGGAAGCCCUCCUCCUUCCACCGGAGGCUACGCUUCCGAAUACAACCCUUUCUCCCACUCCUUCCAGAGCUCAGCCUCCCAGGAUCCUUCUCUGUUAGUGUCCAAGACCCACGCUACGGCCGACUGUCUCGCCAGUGUUUAUACCUCCCUGGACAUGACACACCCUUACGGCUCCUGGUACAAAGCUGGAAUCCAUCCUGGUAUAACUGCUGCUCCAGCUAACGCCACGACCUCCUGGUGGGACGUCCAUUCCAACACCAACUGGCUGUCAGCUACACAGCCCCAAUCCGAUGGAGGCCUCCAGGCUUCGCUUCAGCCCGUAGCUCCACAGGCGUCCCUUAGCCCACAGCUGCCCAGUUACAGCUCCGACUUUACCCCUCUCAAUCCAGCUCCAUACCCCUCCGUGGGGCUGGGUUCCUCCUCGCAUCUCCUACAGCCUUCCCAACACAUGCUGCCCCAGGACAUGUACAAGCCCAAGCCUGUUCCAAGUGCAGGUCUAAUUGAGAAUCCCAUGGGCCUAAAGCCUUCUAGGGGAUCAGGGGGCUACAGCGGAGGGGGUACACCCAGCAGGUCUUCAUGUGACUGUCCCAACUGUCAGGAGCUGGAGAGGCUGGGAGCCUCAGCUGCAACCCUCAGGAAGAAACCGGUCCACAGCUGCCACAUCCCGGGCUGUGGGAAAGUCUAUGGAAAGGCGUCCCACCUAAAGGCCCACCUUCGCUGGCACACCGGCGAAAGGCCAUUUGUUUGCAACUGGUUGUUCUGUGGGAAGCGUUUUACCCGCUCAGAUGAACUGGAGAGGCACGUGCGCACGCACACCCGGGAGAAGAAGUUCACAUGUCUGCUGUGCAACAAACGCUUCACACGCAGUGACCACCUCUCAAAGCAUCAGAAGACCCACGCAGAUUCAGCGAUGCAGGGUAAGGCUGUAGCUGUAGAGGGAGAUGCGGACCCUCAGAGUGAGGAGACCGCAGAGCUCAACUCCAACACCGUGCUCACCAACCCGGUCGCUGACCAAAUCACCAAUGAAGAUGAGAAGACUGGCACAGCUAAUGGAGUGGAGAACAGCAGUGGAUUGUUGGAGAUCUGACCCCAUUAAGUCUUCCAAGUAAUACUACACUCAGAAAUGAAACUUUGAAUUCAUGUAGCUAAGUUUUGUCAACUGGUUCCACUAAACCUAAAUGUCAGGAGUGAUAUAGAUUUACUUUAACCAUGACAACGUGUAACAAUGGAUCUAAAUCUAUAGAAACUAGGUUUAGUGGCAUAAUGUAGUAAAGUAAAUUCAACAUUUCAUUUUCCAGUGUAUUUUUUUUUACAUUAUAGUUUAUGGGGGAAGAAAUUUUCUUUAAAAUAAUCAAAUAUAUUUAUUUCUUCAAACCAUACAAAGAAUAUGAAGAAAUGUUUGGAAAGACUUAUUUUGCUAAAUGACUGAACAUAUUGCAGGUAGAAAGUGUUUCAUUUUCUCAAAAUCACACACACACACACACACACACACACACACACACACACACACACACACACACAAAGUCAUGCAAGCCACAAACUUGCAAGCACAAUUAUAUGCAGCCUUCCACAUGCAUACACACACACACACACACACCAGCCAUUAUAUGAACACUGAUAUAACAUGCACACGUCGACAUUUGCAUCCUCAAAAAUAAACCAUGAGCAAAUGUGUAAGCAUAUAUAACACAUUCAUGCAUGCAGGCGCACCACAAAAGUAUGCCUGUUCAGACACAUAAAAGUAAACAUUCUCAUGUGGACAUUUAGCAGUCUGCACACAUUUUCUGCCUUUCAAAUGAGACAAACCACUGGGGAAAUGUAAUCUGCAAAGGCAGAAGGAAAAGAGCUCUGAGGCUGCAAAACAAAGUGGCUUUAGAACAGGAUUUAUGGUCAGGAUGAUGGAAGAGAUGUAGUGUUACAUGCUUGGAGAAAAAUCUGAUUUACAGCUGGACUUUCAUACAUAUUCAAUAAUCCUGAGGCAAUCAAUAGUGUCUCAGUUAUUUGUUCUCAAAGACGCCAUAUUGCAGGUGUUGUAUUACACUUUUAUGUUUUGCUUCUUUUGAUGUCUAAUUUAAUUUUUUUCUAUAUUUACAAGAACAGUCUAAUUUAUGCCUUAAGUUAUGUACAUGGAAGGUUUUCUUGCUUCCUGCAGGAAGUUUUAUGCCUUAAACAAAGAAUGGUUACAGCAGGCCAAAAACAAAAACAUUAAAUUAAAACUUUUUUCCUUAUUUAUUAGUUAUACAGUGGAGUUUAGAAAUGUUUUCUUUUAAAUUUUUAUUUAUAGAUCUUGAAUAUUAAUGUGAUUGUUAAUUGUGUAUCAUUGUUUUAUUUGUGACAUUUUCACAAAGUAAUUAUAAGGGCUUUCUACUUUUUUGUACAUACUAUAUAUUGAUUACAAUGUAUAGAUUUUGUUACGUGUGCUAUUUUUCUACAUUUAUAUGUAUUUUCUAUGAUUCGUGUAACUUUUCGCCAUGUCUAUUUUACUAACAAGAAAACAUAUUCAUAACUUGUUGAUUUUUCUGACUCGUGGUGAAGAUGACCUUUCGGAAUUUCCUGACUUUUUGUGAAAAGACUGUAAAAGAUGCUGUAAAUAUAACGAUGAAGCAUGAAACCUCAUAAAUGCACAUGUUGCUGUAAGAUUCUUGGCGCAGGAUCCUCAAAAUGAUGGUGCUUUCAAGAGUAAAUAAAUGAUUUUUCCUCUGGUUUUAUUUUACAAAAGAAUUCUGAGAUGGCAAAUAAAGGAAUAAAACAAAAAGCAGCUCCAUCC